ACAUGUUUCGGCGGUCAAGAUUAUCGAUUAGGCCUAAUGUGGGUACCAUUGGAAGAACAGCUGGUGCACACCAGGAGCUCCCUUUAUCAAAUAAGGACACCGAUAACACCAACAGUCAAGCUGAGUCUCCUGUUUCUGUGACUGACACCAAAUCUGCUCAUGCCCAGAAUGAGUCAACUCCAGGAGAUUCAAAUGACCAAAGUGGAGAUGGUUCGUGUUCAUCUGCAAUUCACAGGAGAAAGAGGUUUUCUGUCAAGCCUAAAGUAGUACCAGGUCGCCCAUCUGCUCUUCCUCGAACUCCCAAGUGUCCAGUCAAACCAGUGCUUCCUCUUGUCAAGAGUCCAGCACCAGUCAUUGACAAAGCAGCAGCUACAAUUGAAACUAACUCUACUACACCUGAUCAAGAAAUAUUGUCCCCAAAGGAAUGCAUAUUGUUCAAGACUGAUACUAUUUCACCAGCUGAAGACUCAAGCAAAGAUGUACACCAGCCCGUUGACACUGGAAAAAUACAGCCAUGCAGCCAAGUGAAAGAAAUAUCUCCCAAAGCUUCAGUCCCUCCAUCUAUACCUGAUAGAGAAACAACUGAAAUAUCAGAGAAAGCCAAAACUCUUGUGUCUAAAACUGAUCUUACAUCAUCUUCACAACAGUUUUCUCUGAGUCAGCUCCUCAAUGAUAAAUCUGAUUUGGUAAGACUGGAAAAGGCACGGAAACUCAGACAAUUGCUAAAAGAAGAGAUGCUGAAAGGGAAAUCAAAAAAGUCCAAGCCACGUGCAAAGGAACAUGGUUUAGAUCCAUCCAAAAUGACUAUGCGAGACCUUAUCCAUUAUCUCCCAACAUCCAAUCCCAUGUCAUCGACCUUAGAAGGCUCUCAACAGGAAAAUGAGGCUGUCACUCCACAAUCACCUGAAAGAGAGUUAUCACCAGACAACAGAGCACAGAAACCAGAAGUUCAACCAGAUCUGCGUAGUCCUGAUCAGGUGGAAACAACAGCAACCACUUCAACUGCAGAAGCGCAGGAGGAUGAUGAGGAGGGGGAAGCUGAGGAUGAAGAUACACUAAUGGUCCCUCAAGUCAAAGUAGCAGAAGAUGGCACGCUUAUUAUUGACGAGGAAAGCCUGACUGUGGAAGUCCAAAGGAUGAAGGGGCCAAAUACAAUUCAGGAUCGAGAUCCUAUUUUUGAACGAGGCUCCACAACAACUUAUUCAAGCUUCAGGAAAGGGACCCACACCAAGCCCUGGUCUACUGAAGAGACUGACAUGUUCUUCUUGGCCAUCAGCAUGGUGGGCACCGAUUUUACGAUGAUCUGUCAGCUAUUUCCUCACAGAGCUCGAUCAGAAAUUAAGAACAAAUUUAAGAAGGAGGAGCGGCAUAAUGCCUGGAGGAUUGACAAAGCUUUUAGGGAGAGGCGUAGACUGGAUUUGGAGUACUUUACGAAAUUGCUGGAGAAGAUUCUUGAAUUUCAGGAAAGUAAAAAGAAACUUAAGUCAGUAUCUCAGAAAAAACAAACUCCUAAAAAACGUAAAAGAAAACCAAAAGGUAAAAAAGCUACUUCCAAUAUGAGUGAUGUGGAGGAGGAAACAGAAGAUGAAAUGUCCAAUGAGGAGCAGGAAGGGGAGAAGGAAAACCUCUGUAAUGAGGAAACGCCAGCCUCCAAGCUCAAAUGCAAAAGAAAAGAUGAAGAUGACCAUUUGUCAGAUCCACAAAAUGACAAAAAGAAAAGUAAAGGGAAAAAGAAAAAUGUGCCAGAUUUUGAAGAAAUUGUUCUUCCAGAAGAUGAAUGUGAAAAGACUGAAAAAAUUGAUUCUGCCAAGAAUACAGAAGCAAAAUCAAGGAAACCAGGAAAAGCACUCAAUCCUAUUGGUCAUCAGGGUCAACCCAGCAUCGGACCCAAGUCUAAAGCUACAGUUUCUGAAGGAGAGGGCACUAGUGAAGAAAUGGUAGAAGUCCAGAUUAAUAAAGAGACCUGUUCAUCACAAAAAUCUACAGAGAGAAUGUCAGACAAUGAUUCUUCAGAUCAAGAGACUACUGUGCUGAUAGCAAGACCAACUAGAUCUGGGAGAAUUUCCAAACCUGUACAAGUCCUAAAUUACCCAGCCA